GGGUAGCGAAGCAGCGUAGAGGGAAAACCCGUAGAAACAGUAGAAACAUCAAAAAACUGUUUGCUUUUAUUAUAUCUUCACACAAGCAGAACUCGUUGUGAGUCAAUCGCGUAUUCUCGCAUUUUUGACCAUUAUCAGAAAAGAUGAAGACGUGUAAAAGUUCUAUCGUUUCCGUGUCGCGUGUAUCAAGUUCAAAGGUGGCGUAAAAAUCUGUUUACACAACUUGAAGAGCGCAAACUGAAUGGAUCAUGGAUGGACGGAUUGCGUUGCUAAUGGAAGAGCCUCGUCAUCAUCGGCGUACUAAGUCAUAAAAUCGGAAGAGAGCAUUGAAAUUAUUCUAGACAUCUUAGGAUUACGAAUCACCACGUUUUCCAUGGAAAAUGGUUAGAUCAUUGUUGCAGAAAAAAAUGUGCUAUACAAACUUCCGCAUCACACAUUUGAUAUUCGGUAUUAUAAUACUGGCGACCAUCAUAUUUUAUUCCACGCUAAAUAGUCGACAGUUUGAUAUACCACCGCUAAAGCGAUACCCGGAGUCACGUUUAAAUACUUCCGAUAAGAAUUAUGCCGCUUUUCAAGUGGUAAACGCGACAUCACAUACGGCGCAAAGAUUGCUGCAGCCGGAGCGGCAACCGGGCAGGAAAAAUUGUGGUUUUUUCACCUUUCUAGCGAAUGGCUGUGGUUCAUCUACCAACAUCACAAACGUGUUGCGGAAGCUUGGCGAGGCGACACUAAUCUCGAACGAGUCUACGGCCAAAGUAGACACAGAAAAUGAUAACAUACAACGAAUAGACAAACUGUCGGAAUCUCAGCAGGUGGACGAGGUUAAGAGAGUAAGCAUUCCUACCAGUAAGAAUGUUUCAACCGUCGUUAAGACGGUUCCCGCCAAAUCCGUUGAUAGUACUACGGAAAAAGUAGUUAAAACCAAGGAUAUUUAUGAACGGGGUCAUAUGAAUGACCCAUCUACUAUUAAUAACAUUUGUCCUAAUAAAGGCUCCGAUGUGAAUCUCCUUAUUCUAAUUACGUCCGCACCGACGCACCGCGAUCAAAGGCUGUCCAUAAGGCAGUCCUGGGGACACUACGGCAUUCGACGAGAUAUAUCGAUCGGUUUUGUAUUAGGCCGCACACUGGAUCAACGUAUCGAGGAUCAGCUGUCGGCGGAAAACUAUAUGUACAGUGAUAUUAUUAGGGGCAAUUUUAUCGACAGCUAUCGGAAUCUCACACUAAAGACGUUAUCACUUCUCGAAUGGACAAGCACGAACUGCCCGAAUGCAACUUAUCUGUUGAAAACGGAUGAUGACAUGUUCAUAAAUGUGCCGAAGCUACUGCAGUUCAUCGAAUCUCACUUGAGCUAUAAGCGUUCCAUUUUUGGACGAUUGGCCAAGAAAUGGAAACCCAUCCGGAACAAAAAGUCCAAGUAUUACGUCAGUCCGGAACAGUAUUUUCCUCCAGUAUUUCCACCUUUUACAACCGGGCCAGCUUAUCUAAUGACAUCAGACAUCAUUGUGGAGUUAUACAAUAAAUCGUUAUCACAAACUUACCUCAAGCUGGAAGAUGUAUACACAACUGGAAUAGUAGCACAACUGCUGAAUAUUCAUAGAAUAAACAUAAAAGAGUUUUUAAAUAGACGCAUUGCUUUUAAUCAGUGUAACAUUAAAAAGUCUAUCAGUAUACACAUGGUAAAGACAAACGAACAAUAUGAUUUGUGGAAAAAACUAUCCGAUAACAGUGUACAAUGUAAAUAAAUCUGUAGUUAUAAUUAAUAAUAAACAAUUAUUUUAUAUAAAAAGAUAAA